UCGCACCAUACAAAAUAAAAAAUAAAAAAAGAAUAAGUUAUCCGAAACAGACACACAGAAAGAAAGAAGAAAAUGGCGAUGUUAGCUUCACCAUCUGUGAAACUCUCGCUCCCAUUCCCUCUUUCUUCUUCCAAACCCAACCCUCGCAGGCCCUUCACCAUCCGAGCCACCGAGCCCGAAACCCCACUCUCCGGUUCGGACCCAUCCCAGCCCGAACCGGACCCUUCCGACGACGCCUUCGACGACCGCAUCAACCAGCUCCGCCUCCGGUACCGCAGCGGCACCGGUAAGAAGGCGGAGCUCCGAAAGAACAAAAAAUCAAAGAAAGGAACCUCCGGAUCCGGGUCGGGCAUGUACCUGCCGCCGGUGCCGCUGAAGGAACCGGUUUCCGGCGGCGUGAAGGUGGAGCUCGGGUUCAGCCAGUACAGCGAGCGAUUGAACGGUCGCAUUGCGAUUCUAGGUCUGGCGGCGCUGGUGCUGGUGGAGCUCGCGACGGGGAAGGGUGUCAUUAACUACCACACGCCGGCUAUUAUUCUGAUUCAGAUCUAUUUCGUGGCUGCGGUUGGAGCUGUCUUUGUUAAGUAUGAGAAGGAGAAGAUCAGCGUUUGGCCCCAAACUGAUUCUUCAACUAACAAAUAAAGAAAUGACUUUCAACUACCAGUUAUUGCUUGUGGAGCUGAACGUGCUUCUAUCUUUGGCUAAUAUAUUGUAAAUUAUUACUGUUGAAAGGAAUGUUGCUUUUUGGGUAUGAUAUGAUACUACUCAUACUUGUUUGAGAUUGAGAGGGUGCGCUUGGUUUAGCAUUUCAAUCCGUUGGCACGUGUUCUGAUGUACUAUUUUGUGAGAAGCAACAAAUUGUUAUUUCUCCUUCAAAAUACACUUCAAUAGAAAAACAAACACACUAAGAAAUUGAAAUUCAA